AUGUCUAUGGUCCGGCGAAGAAGAAGACCAAAGCGGUGGAUAAAAAACGGGAUUGCUAACAGCUUUAGCCUUUUCUGCUCAGAUCAUCCUGGGGACAAACAUUUGGGCUGAAUAAAUCAGAGUUUACGGGAAGCAUGUCUUCAGUUCAGCCUCAGAGAGAGUUGAUCAGCGAGCAGGAGACUCCUGCUGAAGAAGCUUUAUCAGAGUUUAAAGAAAUCAUCGUCAAGACCGAGGAAGAGAUCGAUGAUCAGAGCAGACAGCUGGAUUUCAUUCGGACACCCCAGAUAAUCUUACACCGAAUAGACUUAUCAGUGCCUCGUGUUGUAAAGAAGGAGGUUCUUGUCCAAGAGCGUCUCUUUGACCCAGAAAGGUUCUCCCACUUGGACAUGGAGGAAGCAGAACUACUGAUGAAAAAGGAAGAGUGGGAGAAGAAACUGGAAAAUCAAGAGAUAAAAGAAGAGCAGGAGGAGAUAUCAUAUCAUGAGAUAAAAGAAGAGCAGGAGGAGAUAUCAUAUCAUAAGAUAAAAGAAGAGCAUGAGCAGAUAUAUCAUGAGACAAAAGAAGAGCAGGAGGAGAUAUCAUAUCAUGAAAUAAAAAAAGAGCAGGAUGAGCUAGCAUGCCAUGAGGUAAAAGAAGAGCAGGAGGAGCUAUCAUAUCAUGACAUAAAAGAAGAGCAAGAAGAGCUGGAACAUCAGAUGAUAAAAGAAGAGCAGGACAGUCCGGAUAAAGAGCAAGUUGUGGUGAAGUUGGAGACUGAUAUCUUCACGUUGACUCCUACAAGUCAUGACAAAUAUCACACAGAAUUAAACAGAAAUCUACUUAUGUCUCAGGACUCUAUUGAUGCUCAGAACCAGGAUAACGAAGGAAACAGUUCUAAUUAUUCAGGAUCAAAUGAAGAUGAACAGCUGAAGAGAAAUGAGAGCUGCUGGAAAUCUGGACAGCAUGACGGCAAUGCUGAUGGUACAAAACAAAAUGGCCUCCACAAAACUCAGGAUAGAGAUUUGUAUUCUUGUAUAAUUUGUGAGAAAAACUUUUCUGAAAACAGUUUACUAACUAAGCACAUGAAAAUUCACACAGAUGAGAGACUUUAUUCAUGCAAGAUUUGUGGAAAGAUUGCCAGUCAGAAAAGCCAUUUAACUGCUCACAUCAGGACUCACACAGGUGAGAAGCCUUUCGCAUGCACGAUAUGUGGAAAAGCUUUCGGUCAAAAAGGUACAUUAACUGAUCACAUGAGCCUUCACACAGGUGAGAAGCCUUAUUUCUGCAAGAUUUGUGGAAAAAGUUUUCGUUUAAGAGGUGCUUUGCGUUGUCACAUGAUAACCCACACAGGGGAGAAGCGUUUUACUUGUGAGGUUUGUUUAAAAACGUUUAGUCGAAACGGCCGUUUAACUCUUCACAUGAAAAGUCACACAGGUGAAAAGCCUUUCUCAUGCAACAUUUGUGGAGAUGGUUUCUGCGAAAAAGAAAUUUUAACUGAUCACUUGAAAACGCACACUGGCGUGAGGCCUUUCACUUGUAAGAUUUGUGGGAAAGGUUUUAGUCGAAAAGGUGGUUUAGCUAUUCACAUGACAAUUCACACAGGUGAGAAGCGUUUCUCCUGUGCGAUUUGUGGAAAGGGUUAUUGUAAAAAAGAUCUGCUUAAAGUUCACAUGAGAAUACACACAGGUGAGAGGCCUUUUUCGUGCACGAUUUGUGGAAAAACUUACAUUCGAAAUGGUCAUUUAACAGCUCACAUGAAAACUCACACAGACGAAAGGCCUUAUUCAUGCACAUGGUGUGGGAAAAGUUUCCAUUACAAGAUUAGUUUAAGUGAACAUAUAAAUAUUCACAAAGGUGAGAAACCUUACUCUUGUGUGUUUUGUGAAAAACAUUUCCGCGGAAAACGGAAUUUAAGUGUUCACAUGAGAACUCACACAGGUGAGAAACCUUAUUCAUGCAAGAUUUGUGACAAACGUUUCGGUCAAAAUUUUAAUUUAACUCUUCACAUGAGAACUCACACAGGUGAAAAGCCUUUUUCUUGCAACAUUUGUGACAAACGUUUCAGCAAAAACGGUCAAUUAACUGUGCAUAUGAGAAUGCACACAGGUGAAAAGCCUUUCUCCUGCAAGAUUUGUGACAAACGUUUCAGUAAAAAAGCUCAUCUAAAUGUUCACAUGAGAGUUCACAAAAGUGAGAAGACGAUCUUGUGCUAGUUAAGUUUUUUUUAACUACCCUUCAAAGGAUAAUUCAAAGCGGUGUGUAGUGUAGCACUGUUGCCUUACGACAAGAAUGUUCUGGGUUCGACCCUGGCUUGGGGAUCAUCUUCAAGAUUGCAUGUUCUCUCUGUGCAUGUGUGCGGUCUCUCUGGGUGCGCCAGCUUCUUCCCACAAUCCUCAAAAAACAUGAAAUGUUGGGUUAAUUCGUCUCUCCAAAUUGCCCUUAGGUGUUAGUGUGUGCAGGAUACUUUUUUUUCUGUGUAACACAGAGUUACACUGUGAUGGACUGGGGAUCUGUCCACGGUGUACCCUUCCUCUCUCCCAAGCAUUGUUAGAGAUAGGCACCAGCCCUCUACAGAACUGCACAGAUUAGCUCAUAUAGACAUUAGAUGGAUGGACGAUGACGCCUUUUUUGUGUAUAAAUUGGUGGAGGGAGAGGAGGUUGCUGGGAAAAAGUAAUUUAACUGAGCACAUUGGAAGUUAGACCUGUAAGGUAAAAAAUACAAAUACUUAAAGGAGCUAUAAGUCAGAUAUUUACUGUAAAAUCAACCUAAAUCAUUCUCAUUUCUCACCUAGGAUGGAAGUAACAUUCCCUAUAAACAAUCGGUCCUCUCCAUCACCAAUGUAUUAGUCACGUUUUCUCCUUUCUAACCAAGAGGUACGGUCCGGAACUACUUCGGUUCAGACGGGUAGCCCUGUUUACUUCCUGGUUCCUCAGCCCAUCUUACAAGAUUUCCCAACAUUCCCAAACUGAGCGGAUCAUUUGGAAUUUUAUCUUGGCAAAAGAGCAGCAGUCUGAAAACAAGAGAGAAGAAAAUCAGUAAGAGAAGCAUAUAAGUAGGAAUAGAACAGAAUACAACAUCAUAGACCUAUCCUGUGUUAGUAAAAAAUCAGAAGGGUCUCACACCGUUGGAAAAUGGCAUAUUAGAUUGUUGUGAUAGGAAAGCUGUUGUACCGAUUUGAGCCACAAGGAGCCAGUAUUACUUAUAGCUCCUUUAACACAUAAGGACUUCCACGGUUAGAAGCAGAGCAGUACUAUGCCUUAAUAAUAGUAGUUAUAAUAGUCAAGCAUGAUAGAACUGCGCCUGGCCUAGUUAAUACUGUUAUUAUUAAUAUGUUUAUUUGAUAGUGACAGAACAAAAAAAAACAUAGUUACAAUUUAAAGUGCAACCGAUGCCAUGUUCAGUGGUCAUCUAGUUAACAGCUAAUUUGCUGACAAAACAAAUACAAGCAAUAAGAUACAAACAUAAAAAACAUACAGAACUUGCAAUACAGACUAUAUACAAAAGUUGAUCUAAUUUUCACAGGUUUGAGUAGAUUUGAGCCAUUGUUUUACUUUGUUGCUGAACUAUUUUAUGUCUUUGAGGGUUUUUAAUUGGGCAGAUAUGGUGUUCCAGAUCUGAGGCCCUUUUUACUGUGAAUGUGCUAUGUGCAAAUGUGGUUCUACAUCUGGCUGGUCUGCAGUCACCACUGGAAGUGCCUCUGGUAGUGACACUUUGGGUGCUAUAUGUUUGUAUUGCGUUGCAUACAAUUUCAGGAGCAAAGUUAUUAGUAUAUUUAAAACCUAAUUUUAAGAAAGAAUAUUUCAUAAAAUUCUCAAAACUUAAUAAAUUGUGCUUUUCUUGAAUUCUGCUGGAGUGCCAUCGUAUGAGCUUUUGGUCCAACACUUUUAAAGCUUGUUUAUAAAGAGAGACUACACUUUUCAUUGCUGACUGGUUAGCCUGGGCCCGACAGUGAUACAGUAUAUGAAAUGGGAUAAAAUCAUAGCAUAAAAGUAUAGUAUAGUAGCAUGUAUUGAUAGAAUCGUAUUAGGCAAAAACAAUUGAAAUUAGUCCUGAUAGUUUUUAUUAUGUUUUUAUAUGGGCAUCAAAUCUUAGGUUUGAACCCAAAACUAACCCCAAAUAUUUGAAAUGUACGACUUUAUGAAUUGGUUCAUGAUUAAUUUGAAUGUGGAAGUUUUCUAUAGAUUUCUGUCAAAGUGAAAAACACACGGAGAAUGUUUUGGAGCAAUUUAAUGAUCUUGGUUAUGUUGAAGCCACUGAGAAACACUCACCAUAAAAUCUGCACUUCUGAAGAAAAUCUAACCUUUCAACUUUUAAUGGAUGAUUUUCAUGUGUAAAGUUCUAUACCAACAGAUGUUUAUGCAGUGAUGUUCUAAUUUUGGCUUUGUUGUCUUUAAAGGAGUUUGUAAAUUAAAAUCAUCUUAUUAUUCUCUUUUCUGCUGCAGCUGAGUUUUUUUUAAUAGACUUCAAAUUUUUGUGAUGGAUAAACCCCAACUUUAAAUGGGAGACUUGAUAAUUAAACAUUUAUUUGUAUGUUUUGCUUACAGUUUUGGAGAAGUGGAAAUCAUAAAGGUAUUUCAAAUCCAUACACAUUCACAUAAAGUGUAAAAAUCUGUUCAAUAAUUAUGAAUAGUGUUUCUUUGAAAGGCAAUGUCAUUUCUCCAAUGACUUGCUUAAAUGGGUUGCAUUAUAUAUUCUAUUCCUGAUGGAUAUAAAGAACGAGUCUUCUGACUGUGCCUCUUGUCUUGGAUUAGCUGCAGCUCUUUGUCCCUCUGUGUUUAUAUAUGUAGAAGAGGACAAUGUAACAUAUCUGUUUAAUGUUUGAAAUGUAUACAGUGCGGAAUAAUAAAUUGAGUUGCUAAUGUGUAGUCUGUCCAUUGUACACAAUUAAUUUCCAUUUUGUUAAUUUAAACUGAUGUCUUUGUGUGUGUGUGUGUGUGUGUACACAUAUGGCGUCUUGCGGCUCGAAGGAGGGGCAAAACAUGGUGUGCAUUAAGCUAAUAACAGCUAGCGUGUUAGGUAUUUCAAGCGGCAGGUAUUCUCCCAGACAAGAACUUUAAUGACCGUUUUAUGACGCAUUUAAAAUAAACAGACGAUGCUUAGGCUGGAUGGGGGCAAGUUAAGCCUAUCUAUCUUUUCUAUCUUAUCUAUCUGUCUGUCCGUAUUAAUCUAUAUAUAUACGUGUGUGUGUUCAUAUAUCUAUAUAGAUCUGUAUAUGUUUAUAUAUGCAUGUAUAUACCGUAUAUCUGUACAUUAUGGCAGACCACCAGGGAGCUUCACUCACACCCAGAUGGGUUGUUUUGAUUUUUUAAAAAUGUUAUUUUGUUGGUGUUGAUUAUCACUAUGUGUACCAUUACGUCAGUUGGAGUCGAGUAAACGAGGUGAUCAAACCUA